UUUGUUUUAAUUUGUAUUGUUGUUUUAAUCUAUGUAUCACUUUUAUUUGAUGUACAUCACUCAGAGCCUGACUUGGGCUAGAAUAGGGUGAUUAAGUACGGUAAAUUCGAUUGAUGAUGAUGAUGACAAUGAUGAUGAUGACGACGAUGACGAUAUUUGUCAUCAUCCAAUAUUUGUCAAUGAUGCCCUUGUGCUAUAAAGGGGUCCUUCUCUUUUCAAAAGAAUAGAUGCACAUUUGAUAUACAAAUUAGCAGUUGGUUGAGAAACCUGUGGCAGACCAUUUUGGUCUACCAGGGCAGCCUAUUGUUGACCUGAAAGUCAUUGUUCUUCCAAAUGAUCUAGCUGCUGAUUUAAAAUAUAUCGGUUGGCUAGAUUGUAUCAUUAAGGUGUUAAACAGCGUUCACACUUUUCUUAGCCACUGAAAGUGUUAAACUGUUUAACAUAUCAUAUCGUUUUCAAGAAUUACAAGUUUAGAUAAUGGUCACUGGGUUUCUAGUGUUACAUUAAAAAGUCACAAGAGCACUUGCGUUUCAUGGGCUUUUUCCUCUUCACAAUUCCCCACCCAUAUUUCUUGUCUGUGUAUAUAUUCCACGGACUGAUGUAUCACUUCAUGGAUCUGAUGAAGUGGGCCCUACCCAUGAAAGCUUGUGCUACAAAGAAUCCAUUAGUGCACAAUAACACUCCCUUGGGUUUGGGGUGUUACAAACUAACAAGGACACUCCCACAAGCAGAAUUCCAUGUACCUCAAAAGCUUGUGAAUCCCAUCUUGUUUCCUUCCUUGUCUGCCAUUUCUAUUGCAUGAUGAUGAAUUAUAUUAAGCCUUUGAGGUGAAUUAGAAAUUGCUAAUUUAGUACCUGAAAAGAACCUUGUCACAGUUUGGUAUAGAAUUUAUGAACUGUUGUUGAAGGAAUGCUGACAUCCACAAAUGUCAUAUGAAACUGAAUUGUAUAUAAAAUGACACAUAUCCUACCAUUCCAUCAAACAAAAUCUGAAGCCUUUUGCCAGCUCAAACAGUCUUUCUUGAACUCAAAGGGGUCUUCCUCCAACAAAACACCCCUUUAUCUAGAGGAGGUGGAAGAACUUAUUCCAGUGUAAGGUCAGCUACUACUCCUACUGUAAUACAAGGAACUGCUCUGAAUUUUUGUAUUAUUACCCCAGCAGUGUUAAUAAUGCAGCCACCAAAUGAGUACCUUUUCAAACACAAAGGAUUCUAUUUCCAACCCGAGUUGGUUACAGCAGAAUACAUAGAUUCACUGGAAGACUUUGAAAUCAGAGACAGUGAUGUAUUUCUAAUCACCUAUCCCAAAUCAGGCACAGUGUGGACUCAGAACAUUUUGAGCCUGCUUUACCAUGAAGGCCAUCGAAAUGGAACUGAGGACACAGACUUACUGGACAGAGUCCCUUGGCUGGAAUACAAUAUCCGUAGCAGGGAUUACAUCUGUCGCCCGUCCCCUCGGCUCUUUGCAUCCCAUCUGCCCUACUAUUUGGUCCCUAAAGGGUUAAAAAACAGAAGAGCAAAAAUUAUUUAUGUGUCAAGAAACCCAAAGGAUGUCUUGGUUUCCUAUUACCAUUUUUCCAAAUAUGCAGCCAAAUUGGAAACAGCUGGAGACUUUGGUAAUUUCAUGGAAAGGUUUUUAGCUGGUGAAGUUCUAGCUAGUUCCUGGCUAGACCAUGUCGAAGGCUGGUAUGCUCACAAGGAUGUCUUCAAUAUUCUCUUUCUUACCUAUGAAGAAAUGAAGAAGGACCUGAGAAGUUCUGUAUUGAAAAUAUGCAGCUUCCUAGGAAAGAACCUGUCUGAGGAAAAACUGCAGGAUAUUGUGGAUAAGGCUACAUUUGAUAAAAUGAGAAUAGAUCCCAGAGCAAACUAUGAGAACAUGCCACCUGAUCUCCUAGAGAAAGGCAAAGGACACUUUCUUCGCAAAGGUACUGUUGGGGACUGGAAAAACAUAAUGACUGUAGCACAGAGUGAAAGGUUUGACAGUGUCUUAAAGAAAAGAAUGCAAAACCUGUCCCUCAGGUAUUACUGGGAUAUCAACGACAACCUUCCAUCUUGAAAUAUGAGAAAUAAUGUUCUAUGUGUAUAUUUAAUCAAUUUCUGUACAAAAUAAAAAUUGCAAUUAGUGA